UAACAUUUUGUUGGUCACACUGUUCGUCAUUGCUAUCAUCUGCAUUGCUUUGUGCUUAUCUUUUGAUAUCAACCCAAUGAGUUUGCAAUUUGUUUGUAACACGAAAGAUUGUUUUACCUACGGAUUUGUAAUUAUUACAAUUCUAAAUUUUAAUUUCUUUCUUCUUGUUUGACACAGAACGAGCGGUCAUAACAUCCCAUUAAGAUGGUUCUCGAAAGUACUAUGAUAUGGUAAGUGUUACUUUAAGAACUAUCAAUAUAUUUAACGAUUUGUAAUGCUUUUUUUUUUUAUAUAAUACAAAGGCUGUUUUAAAAUAUUGGUAGGUAAACGAGUUUGAUGUUAAUAUUCUUGCACCGAAGAAGUUUUAACUAUUUCAAAUUCGUGGACGGAUUUCUUAUUAAAUAAUAAUACGUAUGUCGCUAUUAUUCCUCGUGAUGUAGUUUUGAUUAAUGAGCUUGUGCAAUGUGCCAUUUUCAGUUAAUUAAAAUGAGAAAAUAUUCACAAUGACACAUCUAAGCUAAUAUAGCUUAGAUUGAUACGAAUGCACAAAUUUCAGAUAAUAUUAAGUAUCUACGGUUGAUAACCAGUCAUGAAAUAAUUUAAGUAGAUACUCAAUAGUUAAUAUUCUUGUACGUUACACAUUUUUUUUAUAACAUUUAUAACGUGGACUAGGAUAUUAUAGAUACACGACAAGCAUCGACAUCGCCAAGUAUUGGUUAAAAUACCUAAAAUAUAGGUGCUAACAUGUAUAUUGCGAUAUCUAUUGUAGACUGUAGUUUACAAAUAAUGUCAAUAUGGUGAUUUUAUAAUAAUUAUUAAAAAAAAAUUACAUUUGUUUUUUUUUUUUGUAUUAUUAAACGAAUAAUAAAUAUUAUGAGUGGUUUAUGAUGAUAACAAUGGUGGAAUGUUACCAUGAUUAUUAUGAUUAUUAUUAUGACACUAUGAUUAUUUACAUAAUUUUUUUUUAUUUCGUAGAUAGAUUUCAUUAGUUUUAUCAACUUAAUAUUUUGGAAGAUGCUAUACGUACCCAAAUUUACUGUCAGUAAUGAAUGACAAUAUAGUUAAAUUGUGUUAUUUAGAACAAAAAUUGUGAAAUAAGAGUUUAAAUACAGGAAACAAAAUUUAUAAAAAAGAAUGUUUGCAUAAAUAAAACAUUACUGUUUUUUUUUAGAAAAGUUCAAACUAUUAAAAUAAAAAAAACUAACAUUGAAGCAGUUCUUUUAAUUGUAAAAUUUUAUAAAAACAGCAUUAUACUGUCAUUGGCAAUAUUCUUGUCAUUCAAUUUUGUUACCUUAGUUUAAAUUCCUAGAUGGCCACAGCUAGUAAGGUAAUUUGUCUAUGUUAGUUAGAAUGUGACUGUAAUUGUAAAAUGGUAAAACCUAUUAAUUAAAUCUUAUGGUAUUUUAUAAAACAGUUUAACUAUAAAAUAUUAAUUAUACUGCAAAAUAUUAUUUUAUAUAUAUUUUUAAAUAAUAAAAUUAUUAUUAUUAGGACAUUAAAUAUAAGUUAAUCAUCAUAUACAAAACAAUAUGUUUUAAUUUAAACGUUUUAUAUUUGACAGUGUUGAUAACAGUGAUUAUAUGCGAAAUGGUGAUUUUGUACCCAGCCGGCUACAAGCUCAACAGGAUGCUGUCAAUUUGGUGUGUCUUUCUAAAACCCGUUCAAAUCCCGAGAACAAUGUUGGUCUUUUAACUUUAGCCAAGUAUGAAAUUUUAGACUAAAACAACAUUUUCUUUUUUAAAAUUAUAUGUUUGUGUUAAAAAUGUUAUACGUAUUAAUCUUUCUUUUAGUGUUCGUGUAUUGGCUACUUUGACCGCUGACGUUGGCCGUAUUCUAUCUAAAUUACAUCAAGUACAGCCCAAUGGUGAUAUCAAUUUUUCUACUGGCAUCAGAAUCGCUCAUGUAAUCUAUUAUUUUUGUAUUCAAUUAUUAUAAUGAGCAAAUAGAAAUUACAUUUUAAAUUAUUAAAUAUUACAGUUGGCAUUGAAACAUCGUCAAGGUAAAAAUCACAAAAUGCGUAUUAUCGCAUUUAUUGGUAGUCCAGUGGGUUUAGACGAGAAGGAAAUUAUUAAGUUGGCAAAAAGACUUAAAAAAGAAAAAGUUAACGUUGAUGUCGUUUCUUUUGGCGAAGAGGUAAAAAUAAUAUAAUUAAUCUAUAUUAUAAAAAUUACACUAACCAUUUUUUAGGCCGAAAAUUCCGAUGUAUUAACUGCUUUUGUUAAUACAUUAAAUGGCAAAGAUGGUGGUGGUAGCCAUCUUAUUGCUGUGCCCCCUGGAUCACACUUUUCUGAAGCAAUAGUAUCGUCUCCAGUUAUCCAAGGAGAAGAUGGUGCUGGCGGUGCUGGUCUUGGUGGAACGGGAUAUGAAUUUGGAGUCGAUCCUAACGAAGAUCCUGAAUUAGCUUUGGUUAGUUUUUAAAAUAGGCAAUUUUUUGAUGAACAAAUUUUAAACUUUUUUUUAUUUUAAUUCAUUUUUAAGGCAUUGCGUGUUUCAAUGGAAGAACAAAGAGCUCGACAAGAACAAGAAGCUCGUCGAAAUCAACCAGCUGGUGGCCCUGAAACUUCAACUACUCGCCCGGAAACUAUAAAUGAGAGUAAGAAAACUAUUAUAAUAAUUUUCAAAACUAAAAUUGUUUUAUUUUAUUGGACUUAUUUUUACCAAUAAGUUCAACAUUUUGAACAUUAUUAUUCAAAUAAAAAACAAACUAUGUAAAUAAAAACCAGAAUAGUAUGACUAUAAAAUAUCAUCAUGUUCAGAUUGCAUUAAAGAUUGAUACCCCCAACAAAGUCUGUUCUAGAUUACUGUUUUUUAUUUUUCAAUAUUAUCACCAUCAUCUAGUUAGGCAUAUUUUUAUUUGUUUCUAUAAAAACAGUAAUAGUAAAAUGUUACCAAUGUUUAUUUUUAUUCGCAUGAAAAAUUGUAAAAAUUGAGUUACAAAAGUCUUUAUUGAGAGUGUCAAAUUUAGUACAAUAUAAUUUUAUAUUGAUAAAAAUCAAAAAUGGUUAUCAAUAUAUAAAUAAAGAAUUAAUACAAAUUGAGUAUUAAGAAAAUGUUAUACAUGCAUUUGUUGUUUCCAUCUUACAAAUACAAAAUAUAGUAAAAACAUACUUACUUAGACUAUGCAGAACUCACUUAGUUUUGGUUUUAGAGGAAAAUCACCUAUUAUAAAAUUUAUGUAGAACAAUAUUCCAGAGCGCAAGACAUUGGGUCUUUUUUAAAAAGUUUUAGCAAAAUAAAAAAAAUGUUGAAAAAGUUGUUAUUUAUAAACGGUAAAUUGGCUGUUAUAUUCAGAAAAAAUGGAAAAACCGCAUCGUCUUGUCCUUCGGAAUAUUUUUCUUUUUUGAUUUUAUAAUUAGUGUUUUUAACUUUAAAAUCAAAAUUAAGCGAAUUCUGUGUAAUCUGUGUAAACAUGUUUUAACUAUAUUGUGCAUUAGUAAUAGAAAAACAACAAAUACAUGUGUACCAUCCUCUCAAUCAGAAUACUAAGUUUUGCUACCACUUACCAUCAUUUAAAUGGUUAAAUUGUUUCCUAUAGAUUAUGUAUUUCAUUAAUAUUUGAUUUAAAUUUGUUUAACAUUAUGUAUUUUAUAUUAAAAAAAAAAAAAUCAUAUCAAUUAGAAUAUACUAGGUGUCUCACGUCCAACAUUGCCCCUGCCGAUGUGUUUAUUAUUAUUACAUUUAUUCCCGUAUCAAUAUAUUAAACAAAAACAGUAGUGUAAAGUGAAUAGAUAAUCCGUCUUUUGUAGGCAAACUAAAAGUGUUUUAGUGUAUCAUAUAUUUUUUCAUUUGUGUUAUCAUAUAUACCUUCAUGGCACAGGGAUUAAACUAUAUAUUAUCAAAUAUUAUCCAGUCUUCAUAAAAGGUUAGACACCCCUGGAUUAGAAUAUAAUUUUGCUACUUAUAUUUUCUUUUUUAAGAUUUUUUUCUAUUUACUCCUAGACAUGAGCAGUGGAGUAUUUACAAUAUAGGCACAACCAGCAAAUGCUAGGGAGUCAUUAGUUAGCAGCCAUAGUUUAAAAUUAUUUUCCAGAAAUACCCAAAAACCUUUUUUUAUAGUGUUGAUUAAAUCUUUUAUUUCGUAAAUUUCAUUUUGCGUAUUUCAUAAAUACUAAUCAGAAUAAAAUACACAUUUAAAAUAUUAGUUAGGUUAAUGACAGUACACUAAUAAUAUACUAUAAUAAUCAAACAAUAAUGUUGAAUAAAAUAAAUAAAUCCUGUCAUUAUUGCAGCUCCAUCUGAAGAAGCAUUGUUGGAACGUGCUUUGGCCAUGUCAAUGGAAACUGGCGAAGAUGAGCCGAUGAUUGUUCAAGAGGGAUCAAGCAGCUCAGCUGCUGGCACUUCUGCUGGAGCUGCAGCUUCUCAAAUGGAUUUCAAUAAUAUGAGUGAAGAGGAGCAGAUAGCAUUUGCUAUGCAAAUGUCUAUGCAGGAGUCUGCUGCUGACGAUAAAGCAUCUUCGUCGAGCGCUAAACCAAAAGAUGAAGCUAUGGAAGUUGAAGAAGACUAUUCUGAAGUAAUGAAUGAUCCAGACUUUAUUCAAAGUGUAUUGGAAAAUCUACCCGGUGUGGAUCCACAGAGUGAUGCUGUACGCCAAGCUGUUGGUCUUGUCAGUAAGGAUUCUAAGGAUAAAGAUCAAAAAAAUGAUAAGGAUAAAAACAGCAAAAAAUAAAUCUUAAGAAUAUAAUUAUACUUAAUAUAUUUCUUAUUUUUUUUUUUUUAUAAAUAUAUUUAACAUUAAUCCCUUUUAAAAUUAUCUAUCUAAAAUUGUUUGUUAUUUAUAACAAAACAAAAUUUGAUUUUCUGUGGUGUUUAUUUGAAAAAUAAUAUUUAGUAUAAUAAUACAAACAUAAUGUUUAAAAAUAUAACAAUAUUAGAAUGAUUAGAUAUUUAAAAAUAUAUAUUUCAUUUUUACAAAAUUGCUAAAUAAAAUAUUUAAAUAGACAGUUGAUAAGUUUUUAUCUAUGUGCCGAAGUUAUUAUGACUUAAUGUUAUAUUAUUAUAGCUUCUAAGC